GUUCAUGUCACUUUCCAAAUCUAGUCAGGGCUACCCCUCUAAGUAGUUAAUUACCGUGCUUUCAUUGUUCCCUUUUUGAACUCACCCCAAACCUUAUUUAAGCCGCCCUGAAUUCCGCCUUUCCUAAUCAGUCUUCGCCUUCUUCACUCAACAGUGGCAAUAUCGAUGUUCAACCCAGACAACAACAAGCUAUACUGGCGACAACGAGGGCAAUCACGGCAAUAUCCCACUGCAAGACCUUUAGCUGCCCAAUAUUUACGGUCGUACGAAUGCCAAUUGGAAUAGAUCUGCCGUUUCAUUCAGCAGAGGAUACCAAUUCCGUCAAGCGCCUUCUGCUCACGAGUUGACAACAACAACAGAUUAGAACGUCGCAGCCCCGACCACUUCUACGGGCUGGCAACAACAGCAGCCUGUUUUUUGGUCGUUGAUUGAUUCAGGGCGAGGGAACGUAUCAAUUCCUAGCUCUGCACCGCCGCAGCAACUUUCCGGCGCAAGCCAAUCCCCAACCACACAGGUAGGGUAGACCAGACUCCCUGCUGCGUAUAACCCACAUUUACCAGCACAGCCCGAACUUAGACCGGAUUUAGGCAGGACAAUAACGGAAAAGCAGGCCCAGGGACAUAUACUCCCCUACGUACCCGUGGACGGCAACCUGUACUAUCUACCCGUAGCCCCCCUGCGCGUAUACGGUGAAUUGGGGAUAAUCUAGGUUUAGCAGCGAUUAAAUACUCCUACACGCCCCAACCAAUUAAGUGCAUUAAUCUUGUUUGGUACUUGGACGGUGUGUCAGUUUUGCUACUGUGGGGAAACAGAUAGCACAACAUUCGAUGCUGUGGAUGGGCCAUUGAAUAGUGUACAAUUUAUUUAUUUUCCCCACAGCCCAGGCCUUGCUUGGAGGCGCUGCCUUUGUCUUCUCAUUAUCUUUGCCUAUGGUAUCGUCAGCCUCGAGCUUUACAGACCUAGAUUAGAAAGUCACUGACGGGAGGGACCCCUCUUGGUCAGGUUGGUAGCCUCUACUUGUGCUAGGUUUCUUGUUGAGAUGACAUUUACAUCUUGUCAGCUCUAUCCUCAGCAAUUGCCAUGCUGUUGCUGAUACGCAAGCUCUCAGAUUUCCACACUGACAAGCAAACAAGCGAAUUGUCCAAAGAUCCAUAUUAUCUACAAACCACAUAGCAUCCUGAGUAUCGUCACCAUGGUGUCGUUGCCCCAACCCCCCAAUCCAUCCGUCUCUGCAGCAUCUUCUUCAACUCCUCCCACCGUUAACCCCUCCCUAACUACCAACAACCCCAUCGAUGCCAAUCAGACACCUCCCCCUCCGUCCUCAAAUAUGAACAAUGACCCUUCAACUCAAAAUGGUCGGGCGAAGAGAAACAAACGCGACAGUCGGAAGAAGCGCGAAGCAAAAGGCAACCUGGAAGUGGGAGUAGACGGUUCCGCCCCCGUGGCUCGCGAAAAGAAAUCCACCACUUCAUCAUCCAGUUCUGCUAUUCCUUCCUCUGAGCUUACCAUGCUCAUGCCCAUUCAGCUUGCGGAUCCGCGGCCAACAGAUGUUCUACCUCCCAGACCACGCCAGAUGAACUUCUCCUGUGAAAAACAUUCUGAGGUACUAGGCCAGUCAUGGAAGUUUUAUGAGAUUGCUGAUAAACUAAGCAACAGAAACGGAUUCCGCUACACCUAUGCUGCCAUGGACCCUUCCUUCCCACACAUAAAAUACCGCCAAACCGAUGUACCCCCUUACUACUCCCGCUUCAGCUAUGAAGACUCUCCCGCAGCCAUCUGCUUCACUGAAGACGGCUUAGCAGUCACCACAAACGAACCCUGGCACUCUGCGCGAGCUAACGUCUGCGCCCGUGAAGGCUCUUAUUACUACGAGGCACGCGUGAUCAGUGGCAUUGUAAAAGGCUCCCAGCAGACGCCGAGCGGUUCGCCGCGGGGUAACAUCCGACUUGGUUUUGCCCGUCGCGAGGCAGAUCUGGACGUUAACGUUGGCGUAGACUGUUACGGCUAUGGCAUCCGUGACGCGAGUAAUAACCUCGGCGUCGGCAAGAGGGAGAACGCGGACGAUGGGAUGAUUGGAUAUUUCCCUAUUGUCAGCUGUCAUGGCGGCGGGGCGGUGGAGGCGCGGUUUGAAGGGCCGUGGUGGGUUGGACCGCCCUCCUCAACUGAAAUUGAAACCGAAACCGAAAUGGAUGGAAAUGGCAUUGCUCAGGGACCGGGACAGGGACAGGUUAUAAAGAGCUUCGGGGAGAGGUAUGAUGAACAGAUCGUCGAGGACGUGCUUGCCGAAAUCGUGGAUGAGAUUGAGGCGUUGUUUAUGGGGUGGGGCGGUGAUGGGACUACUGCUACGGCGCCGGCGGAGGCUGCUGCGGCAGCGACGGCGGUGGAUAUGGCUGUGAACAGUGCCGAUGGCGCUGGUGUUACUGAUAGUGCAGCCGCGGCUGCUGGGCUGCUUAUGGAUGAUGGUACGAGUGUGAGUCUUAGCGUUGGGACGCCACAGUAUGGGUCUGUUGCGGGCGAGACGGUGGUGUCUGAGGAUGUUGAGAUGUCGAUGUAA